UGUGAUAUAGAUUCCUCAUCAAUAGUUUUGUUUUGUUUUGUUUUCUUUUUCUCAUCAAUAGGUUAAUUCGUACAUUCACAUUAUUUGGCAGUAUGGCCGGGACAUUUGUGUCGUUUGGAGUACAAAAGCUUUGGGACUUACUGAGCCGAGAACACGAGCAACUUCAGGGAGUUGAUGAUCACGUUACUGAGCUAAAAAAUGAUCUAAACUUCUUAAGCACUUUUCUAAAAGAUGCAGAUGCAAAGAAACAUACAAGUGCGGCGGUGAAAAUUUGUAUUGGAGAAAUCAAGGAGAUUAUUUUUGAUGCAGAGGAUAUAAUCGAAACCUUUAUUCUUAGGCAAAAACUUGGAAAGACAAGUGGCAUCAACACGAGAAUCAGAAGACUCACUUGCAUUGUUCCAAAGAGUAGAGAACUUGCCUACGAUAUUGGAGGUAUAAGGAAGAAGAUCUCCAAGGUGAUUCGAGAUAUGAAAAGUUUCGGAAUACAACAGAUAAUUUCUGAUGGCGGAUAUAUGCAACCUCUUUUUUAUCAACUAAGGGAGAUGCGAGAUACAUUUCCUAGGGACUGCAAAGAAAAUCUUGUAGGGUUGGGAGAAAAUGUUCAGAAACUGGUUGGUUAUUUGGUGGAAGACGACAACAUACAAGUCGUUUCCAUGACCGGGAUGCGUGGUGUUGGUAAAACCACCCUUGCUAGACAAGUUUUUAAUCACGAGAUGGUAAAACAACAGUUCGAUGGAUUCGCAUGGGUGUGUGUUUCACAAGAGCCUUUACUGGAGCAUGUGUGGCAAACGAUCUUGCUGAAUCUCAAAUCCGGUGAAAAUGUAGAUAAAAUUAUGAAGAUGACAAAAUCUAAACUACGAGAUGAACUCUAUCUAUUGUUGGAAACAUCUAAAUUUUUGAUUGUCCUUGAUGAUAUAUCGAAAGAAGAAGAUUGGGACUUAAUCAAGCAAGCAUUUCCACCGAACAAAGAUUGGAAGGUGCUACUUACUUAUCGAAAAGAAAGUUUCGCAUUACGUGAAGAUAAAGCAUAUAUCAACUUUGAAGUAGAAUGCCUAAGCCCUGAGAACAGUUGGACACUUUUUCAAAAUAUUGCAUUUCCUGAAGCAGAUGCAUCCGAAUUUAAGGAAGAUGGGGAAAUAAAAGAGUUGGCUAAGAAACUUAUCAUUCCUUGUGGAGGCUUGCCUUUGGCUGUCAAAGUGUUGGGAAGUUUGUUAGCUGCACAACACACAUUGCAUGACUGGAAAGGAGUAUGCGAGAGCAUUGAAUCUGAUAUCGUGGGAAGAACCAAUUUCAAUGAAGAUACAAACAAUUUGGUUUACCAUUUAUUGUCUCUGAGCUUUGAAGAGUUACCAAGUUAUUUGAAACAUUGCUUACUCUACCUAGUCAAUGUACCAGACGGUUUCGUUAUGGAGGUCGAGGAAACAUCAUAUUAUUGGGCUGCUGAAGCAAUAAUUAAACUGAGGUGUUAUGAUGAAGCGAGCAUUCCAGAUAUUGCAGAAUGCUUUUUAGAAGAGUUGGUGAGGAGAAAUAUGGUUACUGCCGAGAGAGACAACGACACUUCGAGAAUUAAAUCUUUUUACAUAAAUGCCAUGAUGAAAGAAGUUUGUUUUUCAAAAGCUGAAGAAGAGAACUUACUACAAAGAGUUGGUCGUCCUACGUCAACAACAACAUGCUCUCAAUCUCCUUGUACAUCUCGCAGACUUGUUAUAUGUCAACCCACUACAUUAGAUGACGUUGAGCCAGAGAUAAAGAAUCCAAAACUUCGGUCUUUCAUGGUUUUCUAUGGUUGGGGAAAAGGUUGGAUGCCAUCAGGUUUAAACUUUUCGAGAUUACAGCUGAUUAGAGUGUUAAAUCUCUCUGGAGCCAAGUUCAAAGAAGGGAAGUUACCCUCUAGCAUUGGAAAGCUCAUCCACUUGAGAUACUUAAACUUAGAGAAUGCUGAGGUAACUCAUCUGCCUCCUUCUCUACGAAAUCUUAAGUUGCUUAUCUAUUUAAAUCUUGGUGUUUCUUCACGUUCUCGAAUCAACGUGCCCAACUGCUUGAUGUGGAUGCCAGAAUUGAGAUACCUUGUAUUACCAUAUAAAAUGCUUGGAACUACAAUGUUGGAAUUGAGUAAUCUAGUAAACUUGGAGUUUUUAAGGAACUUCUCCACAAAGGCUACUAGUGUUGGAGAUCUCCAUUGUAUGAAGAGGCUUCGGUUACUCGUUUUGGUAUAUUUCGGUGGGUGUAGUAUGGAAACCUUAUCUGCAAGUCUUGGUUCAUUGAGAAACCUUGAAACCCUUAUGGUACUGGAUGUGAAGGAUAAUUCCAGUAAGUGUGAUUCAGGAGCAUUUAUUCUGAAAUGCUUUUCUCUCUACAGUUUGCACUUGAGUAUACAUACGCCAAGGUUACCUAAUGAAGAAAACUUUUCUUCUCACCUUAAAAGAGUAGAUUUAAAUCGUUGUUUUUUGGAGGAGGAUCAGAUGUCAGUUUUAGAGAAAUGCCCUCACUUAGAGUACCUCCACCUUGGAACUAGAGCCUUGUCUGGGAGAAGAAUGGUUUGUUUGGCGGGUGGGUUUCCUCAGUUACUGGAGCUUCAUUUGGAUGAACAGAGCAAGUUGGAAGAGUGGAUAGUAGAAGAAGGAUCAAUGCCUCUUCUUCAUACUCUAAGGAUUCAUCGAUGUGAAAUGUUAAAGGCGCUUCCUGAUGGGUUAAGGUAUAUCACUUCCUUAAAGAUUUUACGUAUUGUAUAUAUGGGUAGGGGAUGGACAGAUAGACUGUCCAAAGGGGGAGAAGACUAUUACAAAGUCCAGCAUAUACCUCACGUUCGGUUCAUGGAGGAAUCAUGAAGAAUGCUUUCGGCAAUUACCGAGUACGUACCUACUAAAAGAUUAUAUUUUGGUACGAAAUAUCAUCCAGAGAAAGGGGAUAUAUAUAUAUAUAUAUAUAUUCUCUUUUAGUUUCAUGUUUGUUGUGUAAUCAGAUUCUUGAUUUGUGUUAAAGUACCUAAGGGGAUAUAUAUAUUCUCUUUUUGUUUCAUGUUUGUUGUGUAAUCAGAUUCUUGAUUUGUGUUAAAGUACCUAAGGGGAUAUAUAUAUUCUCUUUUUGUUUCAUGUUUGUUGUGUAAUCAGAUUCUUGAUUUGUGUUAAAGUACCUAAGGGGAUAUAUAUAUUCUCUUUUUGUUUCAUGUUUGUUGUGUAAUCAGAUUCUUGAUUUGUGUUAAAGUACCUAAGGGGAUAUAUAUAUUCUCUUUUUGUUUCAUGUUUGUUGUGUAAUCAGAUUCUUGAUUUGUGUUAAAGUACCUAAGGGGAUAUAUAUAUUCUCUUUUUGUUUCAUGUUUGUUGUGUAAUCAGAUUCUUGAUUUGUGUUAAAGUACCUAAGGGGAUAUAUAUAUUCUCUUUUUGUUUCAUGUUUGUUGUGUAAUCAGAUUCUUGAUUUGUGUUAAAGUACCUAAGGGGAUAUAUAUAUUCUCUUUUUGUUUCAUGUUUGUUGUGUAAUCAGAUUCUUGAUUUGUGUUAAAGUACCUAAGGGGCAAAAAAAUUGUGGUUUGUGCACGGUCUUA